GGGGCCGCGCAAAAGAGCGCGCGUCCGUGAAGUGCUCGCGAGGGGCUGGUGCGGCGCCGCUCCGAGCUGCGGGAACCUGGUGGCGCGGCUGCAGCCUUGACGAGGCCGGGAGACACCGAGCGGAGGGACGAGCUGAGGACUGAGUCUCAGCAAACUGGACAAUGGCAGUUGAGUAGGUUUUGAAAAAUGUCUGAAGUUUAGUGGACUGCAUCUGCCUUCUCCCUAUCCUUUACAAAAGAAUAAAUGGGAUGUUUGAGAAGAGAGCUGUAUUAAAAGAAGAGUGUUGCAAAUGGCUUCAGAAUCUGUGAAUGCAAAACAACCUAGGAAUCGCUUCACAAAGGGGAAAAGGCAACAACAGCACCAGCAAAUAAAGAACAGAUCUUCACUUGGUGAUGGUGAUGGAGAAGACUCCUUUAUCUUUGAGGCAAAUGAAGCUUGGAAAGAUUUUCAUGGUUCUCUUCUUCAGUUUUAUGAAAAUGGAGAACUCUGUGAUGUCACAUUGAAGGUUGGCUCAAAGCUAAUCUCUUGUCACAAACUGGUAUUGGCUUGUGUUAUUCCCUACUUCAGAGCUAUGUUUCUCUCUGAAAUGGCUGAAGCCAAACAAACGCUGAUUGAGAUCAGAGAUUUUGAUGGUGACGCAAUAGAAGAUUUGGUAAAGUUUGUCUAUUCUUCACGGCUCACUUUGACUGUUGACAAUGUCCAGCCUCUCUUAUAUGCAGCCUGUAUUCUACAGGUUGAACUGGUGGCUAGAGCAUGUUGUGAAUACAUGAAGUUACAUUUUCAUCCUUCCAAUUGUCUGGCAGUAAGAGCCUUUGCAGAAAGUCACAAUCGAAUAGACUUAAUGGACAUGGCGGAUCAGUAUGCCUGUGAGCAUUUUACUGAAGUGGUGGAGUGUGAAGACUUUGUAAGUGUGUCACCCCAGCAUCUCCAUAAGCUUUUGUCCUCCAGUGAUCUAAAUAUUGAGAAUGAAAAGCAGGUCUAUGGUGCAGCCAUCAAGUGGCUUCUUGCCAAUCCUCAGCAUCAUUCCAAAUGGUUGGAUGAAACACUUGCACAGGUUCGUUUGCCGCUGUUGCCAGUUGAUUUUCUAAUGGGUGUUGUGGCAAAAGAACAGAUUGUCAAACAAAAUCUAAAAUGUAGAGAUUUGUUGGACGAAGCAAGGAAUUACCACCUUCAUUUGAGUAGCAGAGCAGUACCUGACUUCGAAUACUCCAUUCGGACUACUCCAAGGAAACAUACUGCUGGUGUGCUAUUUUGUGUAGGUGGUCGAGGUGGAUCGGGUAACCCCUUUCGCAGUAUUGAAUGCUAUUCUAUUAAUAAAAACAGUUGGUUCUUUGGACCAGAAAUGAACAGUCGAAGGCGACACGUGGGUGUAAUCUCAGUGGAAGGUAAAGUGUAUGCAGUGGGUGGACAUGAUGGAAAUGAACAUUUAGGUAGUAUGGAGAUGUUUGAUCCUCUUACUAAUAAAUGGAUGAUGAAGGCAUCAAUGAACACAAAGAGGCGAGGAAUUGCCUUGGCCUCCUUGGGAGGUCCAAUUUAUGCAAUUGGAGGGUUAGAUGACAACACUUGCUUCAAUGAUGUGGAGAGAUACGACAUAGAAUCUGAUCAGUGGAGUACAGUGGCACCCAUGAAUACUCCCCGUGGAGGAGUUGGCUCUGUGGCUCUUGUGAACCAUGUUUAUGCAGUAGGUGGCAAUGAUGGAGUAGCUUCUCUAUCUAGUGUGGAGAGGUAUGAUCCACAUCUCGAUAAAUGGAUAGAAGUUAAAGAAAUGGGUCAGCGAAGAGCAGGCAAUGGAGUUAGUGAGCUCCAUGGUUGCUUAUACGUUGUUGGAGGUUUUGAUGAUAAUUCUCCUCUGAGUUCAGUUGAGCGGUAUGAUCCUCGAAGCAACAAGUGGGAUUAUGUAGCGGCCCUCACCACUCCCAGGGGUGGAGUGGGGAUCGCAGCAGUGAUGGGCAGAAUCUUUGCAGUCGGUGGUCAUAAUGGCAGUGCAUACUUAAAUACAGUGGAGGCGUUUGAUCCAGUGCUGAAUAGGUGGGAGCUUGUUGGAUCUGUAUCUCACUGCAGAGCUGGAGCAGGUGUAGCUGUGUGUGCCUGUUUAACUAACCAAAUUCGAGAUGUAGGUCAUGGAUCCAGUAAUGUGGUCGACUGUAUGUGACUUGAGUUCCAGCCACCAAUUUAGUCAUAUCUGGUAGGCAAGAAAGACAACCAGGAUUUUGAAAUGGCCACCUUUGAACAGUUUUAACUACUACUAGAGUCUCAUUUAAAUGUAAACUGUUGUGACUAAGUGCAACUUUUGAAAUGGUAGCUGAAGAACUGCUAGUAAUAAAGUUAAAGCCGAUGCUUCCCACUUUAACAAAUAAUGAACUAGGGAGGGAAGGAAAACACCCUAACCUGAAACUAUACUUCCUCCAAAAAAAAUAUGUUUAAAGGACUACCAAAACCUUGAAAUUCCUUUUUUUUUUUUUUUUUUAAAUGUGGAUGAGUCAAAAUGUAAAAUGAAGUCAUUUGCUGAGCUUUACCUUUUGCCUAAAGGUGUUAACCUUAGGCAGUGGAUUUUUCCUAGAGGGGAGAUUGGAACCUAUUCAUCAACACAAGGAUAUCAGGACACAUAACAGAUCUGCUCCAUUUGAAGAUCUUUUCUACUUGGUGCUGAUGAAUUUAUGCCUUGCUUUUUUCUAGGUGUUGAUUUUUCAAUUCCUUGGAUAUUUGAAGAAAAAGGAAAAAUGUUUAAUUCUUCUGAGUGCCCCUUGGCUGUGUUUUCAGAAGCUUACAGGAAUGCUAUAUGAAGCCCUUAAUUUCAGUUUGAUUUGUUAGGACACCAAAAGAUCUAACUGAACUAACUCCAUCUGAACAAAUCUACACUUUUAUUUUUUCAUCUCAUGCAGAAAGGAUUUGUUUCAUAAUCAAAAAUUGAACCAGAGGAGAUAUUAGAGAAGGCUUUAGAGUCAGCAUUAUUCUGGUGCCCAUUUGAGAGACCUUGAGAGGGAGUGAUGUCCAUCACGUGACUCCCUGAUGAGGGGACUCCGAAAAUAUGUUUAACAUCCUCCUUUGACUUAAUCAUUUCAUUUUGAACCCAACAUUUAUUAUCUUUCUGUUUUGCUAUUUUCCACCAUCAUAAUUUUUCUAAACUGUACAGAAUCUGGAUUUAUUUAUUAUCAGAACAUGAAUGCAUUUUUACAAAAACCCUUUCUUUAUAGACUAGUUGAACUGUUGAUUACUUCAAGCUCAUCAUUACCAAUAAAAGAUAUUGUAAAAACAGAGAAAGAUUGAAACUCUUUUUCUUGUUAUAUUUAAUUCUCUCCAGUAUUUAUUGAACUUUAAUUGAAAAUAUUUCUUUACAUUACAUUGAAGCCAGGAUAUUGAUACACCUGCCGAUCUAACAGCUCUUCAUGGUUUUACCAGAAUUAUAAAGUGACUUAUUAUAUGUAUAUAUUUUUAUAAAUAUUUAUGAAGAAUAUUAAAAUAUUCUAUUUUGUAUUUGCAGUGCAGUUUGGUACCUCUUUUUUAGGCCUUCCUAAAUUUUCCUUUAGUCAUGCCUUAGAAUUCAGUAAAAAGUUUACUGCUGUCAGUCAUCUUGUUCACAAGGAAGCUGGGGCAGUGAAGAACACUACUCCAUCUGUCCAGCCCUGAAGUUCAUUGCCUGGUAGCUGUGAUGGUCCUUAUUAAAUGGCAGCCUAGGCUUGUCAGUACAGUAAGGCAAAAAGCCACAUGACAGAAGCCAGUGCCUUGGGUAUGUUAGAUCAAAAAAAAAAAAAAUAAGAAGAAAACAGUGUAAGAGGGGUCAGCUAGCAGAUAAAGGUCUUUCAUGAAGCAGAUUUAAAUGUUCCCAAAUUAUGCCAUUUUUUGCUGUCAGCCUGUGGGCAAGUCCAUAAGUCAUUGCUGGAUCUGAACUAGUGUUCUCUUAUACAACUGUAACUGUAUUUCAGUCAGUCCCAAAAGCACUUAACUUGUAGCACUCACUGGACUGGCUACAACUGGCUGGAUGUGGAGAAUAAGGCUCAAAACUUGGCUUCAGCUAUUUCUCAUGUCUAAUGGAGUCCUUUUAUUAUAAUGCUUGUCUAGGUAUGGCUACUAGUGUGUUAUAUUUAUUUCUGUGGGGGAGGGGAUCUUUUUUGUUUCUAAGAUUAUUUAAAAUGUUUUUUUCUUUAACAUGUUUCUGCCUUUGUCAUGUGUAUAGCAUUAAGGUGUUCCAUUUCCAUUACUGGUUUUAUCUGUACAGUAGUCAUCUAACAUUACUAAGUUGGUACCCUAGCUACCCAUAACAUAUAAGUACUCAUAAGGGAGGUAAAGUGACGUAAGUGGAACACGUGGCUGGCUGUUUCAUUAUGUGUGGGCAGUCAGAAGCAUAGCCCUGAAGGACCUGACAGUGGUGUGAAAAGAUUAAUAGUGGAAUCAAUCAGGCUGAAGGAAUCAUGCAACUGAAAGGUGAUUAUAUUCAUAGGAAAAGAAGGAUGAAAUAUUCAAAGAAGAUGGCUACUUAAUUGUGAGGCCUGUGCCUUUAACUCCAGAUGUUAAUAUCACCUACCAGAAAGAUGUAAAAUAGAGCUAAAAUUCUAAAUUCUAAAUGAAAAAAAAAAAAAAAAAAAAAAGUAAAAAUUUGCAUAUUUCUUUAAGAAAUAUUUCUAGUUGCUUUUGUGUGAUUCUCCCAUAUAGUUAUGAAAGCCACUGCUUUUAUUGUUGUACUGCCAAUUUCAAAACAAAUUACUUGAUAUUGUUUUUUGACUAAUUUCACUAUAUUCUGUGUAACUAAUUUAUUUUUAAAUGUUCAAAUAAACUUAGUACUCUGAAUAUUAUUCAUUCUCUUAAUUCCUAAAUGCAUUUUAAACUUACAAUGCUGUUAAAUGCCUAGAUAAGA